AGUUGCAUUGGUCUUCAAGAUGCAGACUUUGGUCUGGGAAUCCCUGAGUCCCUCAGCACUCCUCACUUCAUCUCCAUCUUCAAUUGCUUCUUCUACCAACCGAGCAAGCCUCUAUCUUCCUUACUCAAACCAGAAAUCCAAACUUUACAACGAGCCACCGAGUUCCGCCACCUAUGCUUCUAUUCUCGACAAUUGUGGGUCCCCCACCUUCGGAAAACAGCUUCACGCCCACUCCAUAAAGUCAGGGUUUCAUGCCCACGAGUUUGUUACCACCAAGUUGCUCCAGAUGUAUGCAAGAAGCUGCUCUUUCCAGAACGCAUGCCAUCUGUUCGACACAAUGCCCUUUAGAAAUUUGCACUCAUGGGCCGCACUCCUGCGUGUCCACGUUGAAAUGGGGUUCUUUGAGGAAGCCUUCUUGCUCUUUGAACAAUUGCUGUAUGAAGCAGUGGGAUUGGAAUUUUUCGUGUUUCCUGUGGUGUUGAAGAUCUGUUGUGGGCUUUGUGCUGUGGAGCUGAGUAGGCAAAUGCAUGGGAUGGCGUUGAAAUAUGGGUUUGUUAAGAAUGUUUACGUUGGUAAUGCUUUGAUAGAUAUGUAUGGUAAAUGUGGGAGCUUAGAUGAGGCCAAGAAAGUUCUGGAAGGAAUGCCCCAAAAGGAUUGUGUCUCUUGGAAUUCUUUGAUCACUGCUUGUGUUGCUAAUGGAUUGGUAUACGAGGCGUUGGAUCUCUUGGAAAAUAUGACUGCGGGUGAGUGUGGUUUAGCACCUAAUCUUGUUUCUUGGAGCGUGGUGAUUGGUGGAUUUGCGCAAAACGGUUACUAUGUUGAGUCAGUUAAACUGCUUUCUAGAAUGGUGUUGGAAGCAGGGAUGAGACCGAAUGCUCAAACGCUGGCCAGUGUUCUUCCAGCUUGCGGGAGGAUGCAAUGGCUAUCCCUUGGGAAAGAACUGCAUGGCUAUGUCGUUAGACAUGAAUUCUUCUCUAAUGCUUUUGUUGUGAAUGGGUUAGUGGAUAUGUAUAGAAGGUGCGGUGGUAUGGAAAGUGCCUUCAAAAUGUUUUCCAGAUUUUCUAGGAAAUGUGCUGCAUCUUACAAUGCAGUGAUAGCUGGUUACUGGGAGAAUGGCAACGUCUUUAGGGCCAGGGAGUUGUUUGAUCAGAUGGAGAAAAAAGGUGUAGAAAGGGACAGAAUAUCAUGGAAUUCUAUGAUAUCAGGGUAUGUGGCCUAUUCUAUGUUUGAUGAAGCUUUUAGCUUGUUCAGAGAUUUGCUGAAGGUAGGAAUUGAGCCUGAUUCUUUCACUCUAGGAAGUGUUCUUGCUGGCUGUGCUGAUAUGGCAUCUAUUCAACGAGGGAAAGAGAUACAUUCCCAUGCCAUUGUCAAAGGUCUGCAGUUCAACAGUUUUGUUGGUGGAGCUUUGGUAGAAAUGUACUCUAAAUGCAGGGACCUAGUGGCUGCACAAAGAGCAUUUGAUGAUGUAACUGAAAGUGAUCUUCCAACUUGGAAUGCUUUGAUUUCAGGCUAUGCCCGCUCCGAUCAAACUGAAAAGAUUGGAGAACUUCUCCAGAAAAUGAAAAGAGAUGGUUUUGAACCAAAUGUGUAUACAUGGAAUGGUAUUAUAGCUGGUUAUGUGGAAAAUAAACGGUGUGAUUCUGCAAUGCAACUGUUAACUGAAAUUCAGAUUGCAAAAUUUAGGCCUGACAUAUACACUGUUGGAAUGAUUUUGGCUGCAUGCUCUAAGUUGGCUACAAUCCAACGAGGAAAGCAGGUCCAUGCAUAUUCCAUAAGAGCGGGGCACGACUCAAAUGUUCACAUUGGAGCUGCCCUAGUGGAUAUGUAUGCAAAAUGUGGGGAUGUUAAGCAAUGCUGUCGUGUAUAUAACAGGAUAUCAGAUCAUAAUUUGGUGUCGCACAAUGCUAUGAUUACUGCCUAUGCCAUGCAUGGAUACGGGGAUGAAGGAAUUGCUCUUUUUCACAGAAUGUUAGCUGGCAAAGUAAGGCCAGACCAUGUGACUUUUCUUGCAGUUCUUUCUUCAUGUGUUCAUGCUGGAUCAUUGGAGAUUGGUCAUGAAUGCUUUGAUUUGAUGGCAACUUACAAUGUGGCGCCCUCAUUGAAACAUUAUACAUGUAUGGUUCACCUGUUGAGUCGUGCAGGCAAGCUCUACGAAGCAUAUAAACAUAUCAAGAACCUGCCAAUGGAAGCGGAUGCAGUGACCUGGAAUGCUCUGCUUGGUGGUUGUUUUAUUCACAAUGAAGUUACCUUGGGUGAAAUAGCAGCAGAAAAACUCAUAGAAUUGGAGCCUGAUAAUCCUGGAAACUAUGUUAUGUUGGCAAACUUGUAUGCUUCUGUGGGGAAAUGGCAUCAUCUUGCUCAAACUAGACAAUUAAUGAAAGAUAUGGGAAUGCAAAAGAGUCCAGGGUGCAGUUGGAUGGAAGAUAGAGAUGGAAUUCAUGUGUUCGUUGCUAGUGAUAAGACUCACAAAAGAACAGACGACAUAUAUUCUGUUCUAGACAGUUUAACCAAUUUAAUUUAAUUCGAGUUAAGCAUAUAAAUCA